UAAAUGAGUCAAAGUAUAAAAGUAUGUAGUAUUAAACGUUUCUUAUAAAAAAUAUUACUUAUACAAAAACUACAAUCGAUCAGCUUGAUUUAUUACAUAUUCCACAUCCACGGCGAUAAUAUUAAUUACUCCUCACCAAGAAGAACUUAAAUGAGUGCCCUAAACAUGGAUUGUGAACAGCGCGGCGAUAUAGACAGUGUCUUCGGUUGGAUCGCCAAUCUUUGCAACAAAGAAACGCGUCUUUGGGCGAUGUUGGAGCUAUUCGAAAGGCGCAGCCACAUUGACAGCCUAGGACUCUUGCUAUGGCAUUCCUUUGGAGCUGUGAGUGGUUUGCUACAAGAGAUUGUGACAAUAUAUCCGGUCAUUUAUCAAGAAAUUGAAUUAACCGGCCAACAGUCGCACCGGAUUUGCACUGCCAUUGGGCUGAUUCAGGCUAUGGCCGCACAUCCCUUCAUUGGUAUUCAACUCAUACGAUGCCAAUUCAUGUGCUAUUUGAUGCCAUUGCUUAAAAUGACUUCUCAAACUCGCGCCGUUGAGCAUGUUCGCCUCUCUGUCUUGGGCGUCAUUUGCGGUCUACUGAAAUCAGAUCAUCCGGAGAUCGUAUCUUAUUUUUUGGGCACUGAAUUAAUUCCACUUACCCUGCGGCAGCUGGAGUUUCUGGCCAUGUCCGUCGAGAUCUCCGGAACUAUAUAAGCUAGAAGGUUGAGGUUCAGCAUAAAGAUUCCAGCGACAAACACGGAGCGAAAGUUUGCUGAACCAUGUUGCCACACCACUCUUACGCCCACAAACCGCACAAAACUGCCACGCCCACAAUUUUGAAAAACGUGUUGAUAUUUUUUCACAUUUGUAUAAGUCUUGUAAAUUUCUUUCGAUUUGCAACAAAACUUUUUGCGCCUUAAAGCCGCCAUUUUAUUCCCCAAAUUAAAUUAACUUAAAUUAACUGAGUAACGGGUAUCUGAUACUCGGUGAAUUCGACUUAGCAUUCUCUUUUGAUUUAAAUUUUAGUUUCCCGAAUU